UUUCCUUAAAAGGGGUUGUGUAGCAAGUAACUGUGAUUUCUUGAUUCUUCAGUUUAUUGUUGAAAAGUCAUAGUAAUUGGUUGUUGCUUAAUCAAGAUUGCAACUUUAUGUUUGAUUUUACUUCUGAAAUGGUUAAAGACAGCUUCUUUGGAUAAUUUUUUCUUAGUUGGGUGUUGUUUUUUUGUUCUUGUUCAAAAAGGGUACAUUCCUUUGGUAAUUCUUGAAGGUGGGGUUGUAGCUAUACUUCAGUUUUUUGUUGGAAAGUUUCUGUAAUUGGUAGUUGAUUAAUCAAGAAUACAAUUUGUACUUGAUUUUGCUUCAAAAAUGGUUAAAGAAAGGUUCUUUGGAUAAUUUUGCUUUGUUGGGUUUUUGCUUUAAACCUAUCAAGAAGGGUAAAUAGUUGAUUCAGUUUGAGGAGAUAGAAUGAAGGAUUUUGCUGGCACACCUGGUACUUUCACUGGGCUUUUUCUGAGGAUGGCUCAGUGCUUUUUUGCUGCUGGUGCAAUUGCCUCAAUGGUUACCUCUAAAGGUUUCUUCAAUGUCACAGCUUUUUGCUACUUAAUAGCCUCAAUGGCUUUGCAAGUCAUCUGGAGCUUCGGACUUGCAUUUUUUGAUGCCUAUUUCUUGGCAAAGAAGAAGUCUUUCCACAAUCAUGUUUUACUGAGCCUCUUCGUAGUUGGAGACUGGUGUACAGGAUUACUAUCGCUUGCUGCUGCUGCUUCUUCAGCUGGAGUAACAGUGUUGUACUUUCAUGACUUGGGAAGUUGCAGUUUCGGCGAGGAAUGCACCAAGUUCCAGUUAUCCGUUGCAUUUGCUUUCCUGAGUUGGAUAUCGAUUCUUAUAUCUUCUCUAAUUAUGUUUUGGAUAUGGGCUGCCGGUUAGACGACUCAACAGGGUGCUGCAUUCAUCUGUUGCUGCUGUAUUUCGUCAUUGUCCAAUUUUUGAAGUGUGAAUAGGGGAAAAAUUAGGAAAAAAAGAGUAUUCAUUUUGUAUACUGAUACUACAGAAUACUUAUUUUUCUUUUAUCAUCCGUACAGAAGAAACUGUAAUCGAUCAUUUGAAGUUAAUUGAGGAAGAUUUUUUUUGUCUUACACUUUUA